GCGCCACCAAUGAUAUCAUUGUUAUGCUAAUGACAGUAACGUUACACUUGUGUGAUGAGGAAGUGUUGACUAUCGCAUCUCCGUAUACGUCCUUGUGUAUCUCCGUGCAGUCUUCGUAUAAUCCUCCGUAUAUACGGCCUUCGUAUCACUUGACCGCAGUCGACCAUGGCUUUCGAGACGCUGCAUGUGGUCGCUACGCUGGGCUCCAUCCUCACAUGGAUCAUCGUCUUCAGGAAGAUCUCGCCGGCCUUCUUCGGGAGCCGCUUCAAGGCGUACGGCGAGUUGUCUGUGGAGAGGAAGAUACUCGUGGAUGACUACUUUAUGGCGGGCCUCCACGCGGCCAUCACCGCCAUCUUGUCCUGGUACGCCUACACAUGCACAGAGCUUCCUGCUGAUGGAGUAUGGUUCAACUCCCCAGUGGUGAGGUUCAUCUCAGCUGUGUACCUGGGAUAUAUCAUGGCAGACGUGGUGAUAUUACUGCAGAACCCACAGCUAGCCACCAAGGCCUUCAUCGCCCAUCAUGUCACAUCUCUCUUCACAGCGUACAUAGGAGCGAGCUACCCUGCUAUGCCAUACUACGCCAACAUCUCCUACAUGAUGGAAAUCUCCAAUCCAACAGUCAACUUACGGACCAUUCUGAAAGAGCUGGGCUACGGUACGUCCAACUACUACGUCUGGAACGGCGCUGCCAUGCUGGUCACCUUCUUCUUCUCUCGCGUCCUCCUGACCGCCAUCGCGACCUUCAACCUCUUCAAGGUCAUGUGGUUCCACAAUGCCUUUCACCAGCUUCCUUUCCAGGUCUCCCUGUGCUACAUCUUCGGCUGUGGCCUCUUUAAUGUUUUGAACUAUUACUGGUUCAGUAAGAUUUGUAAAGGGUUUGUCAAACAUGUUUGGGGGAAGAAACCGCAAUGAUGUAUACAUGUACAAUAAUAACGUUAUAACAUGACACAAGUGCAAGAUGUAAUAAUAACAUGCCGACAGCUGAAUAAUGACAUGUUCAUAGUUUGUCCUUUUGAUGUUGUCCUUUGCAAAUGUAUCGCUAACCCUGUUUGACAGCUGUCACAAUUGUCAGUUUGAUUAGAAAGUGUUUGAAGGGACACUAAAAUGUCUUUCGCAUUUGUUUUGAUAAAUCAGUUUUUUACACACUGCUAAUUCAUUUAUGUUUAAAAAAAGUGAAUUAUCUGAUUGCUUUGCUGGUUAAGUACUCAACAUUUAUUCUGUUUUGUAUGCAACAGCACAAUACAGCGUGGAGCACUUUGGUUGCUUUAUUUGGAUUGUGACAAUGUGGAACAUAAAGCAUGUUACGUACGUGUUGAACUUUUAACCAUGAAUAGAGAUUGACCUUCAGAAGUACCCCUCGGAACAAGAAAGGUUAAACAUGCGCACAUUCUUACUAAUAUACUGUAAUUUUAAGUAAAAGUAUGUCACAGUCUUGCCAAUGUUUAAAUGUACAUGUAUGUUUAAAUUGGACCUGUGGACAAAUGAUUUUUCUUUUUUUCAUUUUUGAAUGCAGUUCAAAGUAAUAACAGUGAAAACUUUAAAGUUAGUUAAGAUAUUUUAUGCCUACAAUAAGCCAUUUCACAGUUCAAGUGCACACGUGCAGUUGUGAUGCUUUGUGAUAUAGGGUCAAAGUUCAAGGCCCCUGGCUCAUGCUUUGUACAAGGUACCUUGGGGGCCAUCCGGGAUCGGGCAGCUAGGACAGUUUAUUCAGUGGCCCAAGACAGUCAGGCCCGACGAGCUCCUAUUAGCGCCCCGGGGAGUUUAAGCCCGAUUAGGUCUACCUGUAGCGAUAACUACUUCGGGCUUAAACUCCCCCGGAGCGCUAAUGUGAGAUCGGCAGGCUGACUGCCUUGGCUCCCCGAACAAAACUUGCUAGCUACCCGGUCCUGUCUGGCUCCCAGGGUACGUACAAGGCAGUUGCAAUAAACCUUUUCCUUAUAUCACCCUGCAUGACACCUAUGCAUGCACACUCAGAACUGUGAACUUGGGCAUAGGAAAGAAUGUCUUGAAAUGCAGCAGUAGGAAAGAUUGUAUAAGGAAGGAGAAAAAUGCAGAGAAAAGGUGAAAAGCUGAGAAAAAUCACAGAGCUCUGUAGCUGUAGAAAUGUUGCAAUUGUAAUUAUUGUAUAAUAUGUAUUUUGCGAGGUGUAAGUAAUCUAAUGCACUGUCCGUCCCUUAAUUUUGGUAUUUGUCACGUGAGGUGACAUUCGUCAUGUUGGUCCAUUGAACCUGCAAGUUUCAGGCCUAUGAGUAUGAAUACACAUUUGUCAAAUAUCAUGAUUAUGUGACUGUAGCCACAUUCACUAAAUUACCCAGUAACAACCAGGUUUAACCGUCCAAGUUGUAACAUGGCAGACAAUACUUUCCUCAUAGUCGCUUCAGUGAAAAUACCUGAUUAUAAUAGACUAGUUCUGCUAAUCAUGGAGGACAUUGUUUAUAGGGUCAAUAGUUGGUUAAGAGCAUUCCUCUCAAAUUGCUGUGCCUGUCUUUGUAAGUCUCGUCUGAUGGACUCACCCACUAUGCAAAAUAGAAUAAAAAAUCUCACCUGUU